GGGGUUUCAGUCUAACUUGCGACUUGAAGGCAACAAGAUGCGUCUAGUGAUCGUAGUAUUUUUGGUGAUCGCCGUUCUCCUGGUUUCGAAAUCCGAGGCAGCCAUAUCCAGGGGUGUCUUUAAGGAUCCAGACCAUCCUGGAAAGUGUGUCAUCGACGGACUUGUCCUUAAAAAGGGGCAGAUUAAGCGCCACCCAAAUUUGUGCGAGCGAAUUAUUUGCGGAGACAACAGCAUGGCCGAGAUCCAUUCAUGCGGUGCUUUUGGACUUCCCCCUGGGAAGAAGUUCGGAUAGUACAUAGCUCCACAUGAUGAUUAUCCCGCCUGCUGCGAUCGUGAGAUUAUCUAUGCGUAAUACUAGUUUUGUAACACAAAGGUCUUGACACAAAUAAAUAAAAUAACAUGAAAAUGCCCUAGUAGA